AUGGCCGGGGGAGACCGACGCGGGAGCCUGGCCCCGUCGUCGUCGGGGUCGGGGUCGGGGAGGCGGGAGCCGGAGCACGAGCGGUGGCCGCGGAGCCCGGCGUGGUCGGGCCCGCUGUCCGAAAGUGGCGGAGGCCGUCGCCGCAGAAGCAGCUCCUCCUCCUCCUCGUCCUUGAGGUCCCUGUCCCGUUCCAUCGGGGUGUGGUUCAGCUCGGUCUCCACCGCGUCGUCGUCGUCGUCCGCGUCCGCGUCCAUGAAGCGGAGGAGCAGGGACGCCGCGCUGGCGGGUGACGCCGGGGCCAAGAAGCCGCCUUUGAGAAGCACAGCUUCGUUCCAAUGCAGCCCAGUUUCUUUCGCUGGCGGCUUCGGCGCCGUCUACAAGGGCGUCCUCCCCGACGGCACCGUCGUCGCCGUCAAGCGCACCAUGCAGCGGAUGCAGAGCCCUCACGUGGACGUGGAGUUCCGGAGCGAGAUCAAGAUCAUGGCGCGCAUGGAGCACCAGAGCCUGGUCCGCUUUUACGCCUACAUGGAGUGCGGCGAGGAGCGCAUCGUCGUCGUCGAGUACGUCCCCAACGGCACCCUCCGGGAGCGCCUCGACAGGUGCAACGGGAGGUUCCUGGACUUUGGGACGCAGCUGGACAUCGCCAUCGACGUCGCGCACGCCGUCACCUACCUGCACAUGUACUCCGACCACCCCAUCAUCCACCGCGACAUCAAGUUCUCCAACAUCCUCCUCACUGACUCGCUGCGCGCCAAGGUGGCCGACUUGGGCUUCGCCCGCCUUGGCGCCGGCCUGGGCGCCGGCGCCGCCGGGGAGGCCACGCACGUCACCACCCAGGUGAAAGGCACGGCGGGGUACCUGGACCCGGAGUACCUCAAGGCGUGCCAGCUCACGGACCGCAGCGACGUCUACUCCUUCGGCGUGCUCAUCGUGGAGCUCGCCUCGGCGCGCCGCCCCAUCGAGACCAAGCGCGAGUUGAAGGAGCGCCUCACCUCGCGCUGGGCCAUGGCAGGUUCAUCGGCGGCGCCUCCGCCGAUGUGCUGGACCCGUACCUCGCACGCCCGCCCGCCGUGGAACGCGCGCUGGAGAUGGUGCUGGUGCUCGCGUUCCGGUGCAUGGGCCCCGUCCGACAGGACAGGCGCGCCAUGA